UCAUCCAAUUAUAUAAAAAAAAAUUAGAAAAAUCACAUUUUUCUAGACUUAGCUCCCUUUAUAUUUUGCUUCUCUGUUGUGCAAAGAUCAAAAUCUUUCAGGCAAUUAACAUGGAUGCUCUAAUCUUCUUCGUUGGUAUUAUAGGGAACAUAAUCUCAGUUCUUGUGUUUCUAUCUCCAGUGAAAACGUUUGCUCGGAUUGUGAAACAUAAGACGACAGAGGAGUUCGAGAGCCUUCCGUACAUUUGUACGCUGCUGAAUUCGUCUCUGUGGACAUACUAUGGGAUCAUUAAACCCGACGCGUACUUGGUAGCUACGGUCAAUGGCUUCGGAGUGGUUGUGGAGCUCAUAUACGUUGCUUUGUUCUUUUAUUUUGCUUCUCUUCCAUCCAUAAAGGCUAAGACAGCAAUACUAUUUGGAGUGAUAGAUGUGGGAUUUUUUGUUGUAGCUGUAUUAGCCACAUAUAUGGCUUUGCAAGGGGAUGCCAGGAUUGAUGCAAUUGGCUUCAUCUCAUCAGCCCUCAAUGUUGUUAUGUAUGCUUCACCUCUUGCAGCCAUGAAAAGGGUGAUGCAAACAAAGAGUGUGGAGUAUAUGCCUUUCCUUCUAACAUUUUUCCUAUUCUUGAAUGGAGGGGUUUGGACUUUCUAUGCAGUGCUAGCGCAGGACUGGUUCCUUGGGGUGCCAAAUGCGAUUGGAUUAUUGCUGGGAAUAAUUCAGUUGGCGCUCUACGCUAUUUAUAACACUCAACCAUCAAAGCAUUCUCACCACACAGAUCCAUUGCUACCUGUUUCUGAUGAGUAAAAUUAUUAAUUCAAAUUUUCUGCGGCUUUUUUUUUUUUUUUAUUGUAAUGUUAUUGAAAGAAAUUGAUGUAUCGUGUGAAAUGUAAGUAGAUGUCCUUUGCAUUCUUUUUUUUUUUUUUUGCAUAUUCUUUUUGGAUUAAAGAAGUAAGAUUUUAAUGAGAAAAAUCAGACACCGUCUUAUCUUUU